ACCAUGAAGCUGAUCAUCGUGUCCUGUCUCCUGGCCCUAUCCUACGUGGCUGCUGACCAGACACCAGUCAUUCUCUGCGGGAGGCAGUUGGCGAACACACGGGCGCUCCUGUGUUAUGGGUCCGACUAUGUCGACAAGAGAAAUAGGAUUAUGACAACUGAUUUCUUCCCGGGAGAUAAAGCCAAUGAGAUUGACUGGCCCUGGACUGGUCGUCGAGGAAGUUUGUCUGCCAACUGGUCGCGAUACAAGAGAGGUGGCCUGGCUGAUGAAUGCUGCCUCAAACCUUGCACCACUGACGUUAUUCUCAAGUACUGUUAGACGAAAACAAGCUUUUAUUCCUGCGCUUUUGAAAUGAGACACUUUUUGCAAUCCUAUACGAAUCUCUGUAGUGAUAUCAGUAAACGUGUGCUAGCUACGAAAAUCACAUUGCGAUAAGAUCUCAUUUUGAACGCCCUCGAAUCUAAUAUUUUUGUACCAAUUUAUUUAUCGUAAGACCAUAAGUAACUAGUCCACAUAAAUGUUUGUAUACUCAUAGGUACAUUGUACCAAAACCUAAACAGGUUUUAUUCGAAAUGACUGAGAAAAUUAUUGAAUAACACAUUAUUUGUACAUUUUGAAUUAAAAUAAAAAUAUAUAAGAAAAGAGAAACAAGCUUUUCAAUGUCCAUUGAAAUUAGUGUACAUUUUACGUUUUUAAUUUCCAAUCUACGUGGGAGGGAAUACAAAUCAGAGGUAUAAAGGAGAGCUAUUGUGUUCCGGACGGUGGAAAAACAACCAAUGUUUGAAUAGGGAAUA